AUGAUAAACGAAUUCGACAGUAACGAAGAAAAUAGUUUAACAUGCAACUGUGGAGUCAUGGCUAAAUCAAAACAGAAGGAUGUGUCAAAAUCGUGUGAUCCUCAAGCGAAUAUGCCGUCAUGUUCGUGCGUAAAAAAUGGAAAGAAGUGUUCGCGGAAAUGUCGUUGUAUCAUGUGUAUAAAUUCUCAAGAUCUUAAAAAGACAGUUGCCGAUGGUAAGAUGAAGGGUUGUACCUGUGGUAGAGGGAAGAAAGGAGUUUUUUGCCAAGAUAGAUCAACCCGUAAAUCUAAAUGCCCAUGUUUAAAAAGGAACAUAUAUUGUUCAUAUCGAUGUGACGUGAAACGAAAAAGGUCCCAUCCGGAAACAUACAAACGCGUAAAAGGAGUUGAAUACCUAGCUAACAACGGAUUUGAAAUUUUCGAGGGUCCUUGGACCAAGUUGGAAAGCUUCAUCUUAUUGAUCGUUUUGGAAGUGAUAAAAUGUGCAGGCUUGUCACUGGUUCCUAAUAACAUCAUUGAAUUGUAUAAUUUCUUCGCGUUGAGUAAAGUGGUAAAAGAAAUGAAUCUGCCUAUCUCAUAUAAGUCAACUAAAAGAAUACUUGGAAAACUUAAAUAUAUUAAUUCCAAGCACAGCGUUUUUAAAACAUUUAUGGACGAGAAAAUUGAUCACUUUUAA